AUGGCAAACGAAAAAGAAGAUACAAUUAUACAUGAUGAGUGUGUGGACAUCUUGUCUGAUGUUCCAUCCGAAUUUCAAGAUUGUGGGGAACUAGAAGACAUUACCUCUUCAGAAAAAGAAAAUGAGGCAAUAUCUUCGGAUGAAUCUGAAAUAUGUAGACAGAAAAUUCGGCGAACACUACCGUUAUCAAGUGAUAUAGAAGAAUCAGACGAAGAUAACAGAUUUUCUGGUCCUAAUGUACUUCCCAGAGAUACAAACAAUAUCGAGGAUGUCGUGGAACUAUUUAUAGGGAACGACUUAAAAAUAUCUACCAAUGCCGACCGGCUGUUCAAAGUACAAGGUAUAAUUGAUUAUUUUACAAAAAAGUUUCAAGAAAACUUCAAUCUUGGUAAAAAUAUUACAAUAGAUGAAGGAAUGAUACCAUGGCGUAGGCGAUUGAUUUUUAAAGUUUAUAACCCUUCAAAAAUUAUAAAGUACGGUAUACUUGUCCGGAUGCUCUGUGAUUCCGUUACAGAAUAUAUUUCGCGUUACAAAAUAUAUUCUGGCAUUAAAAAACCUUUAAAAGAUACAUGUGGACUUGCGGAAGAUUUGCUUACGAAGAAAAUUCGCGUUCGUGGAACGCUGCGUAAGAAUAGAGGAUUACCGGCAAAAUUGAAAAACUGCAAGCUAAAUGUAUUUGAAACCAACCAUCAACGAAGAGGAGCAGUACUGGUGCAAGUAUGGAAAGCAACGAAGACGAAAAUAAUAACAUUUUCUAUCAGACACAAUGGCGGUUUAGUUGACACAGCAAAAAAAUCCAGAAAAACCAAUAGUACGAUUAAAAAACCCGCAUCUAUUUUGGAUUAUAAUAAAUAUAUGAAGGGUGUAGAUCGAGCUGAUCAAUCUUUGAGCUAUUAUCCUAUAUACCGGAAAACCAUAAAAUGGUCAAAAAAAGUAGCAUUAUACCUUUUCAAUUGCGCUUUAUACAAUGCGUUCGUACUGCAACAACAUUAUACAGAUUCCAAGAAACUCCACUUUCAUGAUUUUUUAUUGAAAAUAUGCGAAUCUUGGAUAAAAGAUCAUUCACCUGUUGGUGAAGAGAACUUGGAGGUCCCGAGUAUAUGGCGUGCUUCCAGUCGUGAUUCAAUCAACAGACUUUUCGGCCUCGUAAAGGAACACCAGCUGAUACGUAUUUCAGAAACCAACAACCGAAAACGCAGAAGGUGUCAU